AUGCGACCGAUCCUGCACCGAACAUGCUGGUCUUUGAAAGCUGCUUUUGCUGGACGGCGACCGAAGUCGCACCCAGAGGAUCCCUGCUUGCAGAUUCCACGGCAACACACGAAGCUCAAACAAUGUCUGUCUCGUAAAUUUGCGGUCGCGGAAUUUAAAGGAGACUGGGAGUGGCACCAGCGUUUGUGGCAAAUGCGUACACACUGGAAGUCGAAGCAGAUUUGUCACGCGUGCCGUGCGACCCUUAACAGCAAGGGCAAUGAUGGGCAAUGCUGCUUCGUCCUCUUUGGAUCAGAUAUCCCUCGUCGCAGUUUCGAAGAGUGCCUGCUGGUUUCGAUGCCAGAUGCUCCGUGCCCUCUUGUGCUCGUGGAUGGAUUUCAUCCGGGCAUCAUCCGCUUCUGUGCGAUGCACGUCUUGGCGCUGGGAAUUUAUCAAACUCUCUGCGCGGAAGCCUUGCUUUGGCUUUGCGAGUCGCAAGUCUUUUCGCCAAUGACAGAUGGUAUGGAUGCUCGACUCCGAUCAGCAUACAUCCAUUUUAAAGGCUGGCUUCGCAUCAACAAGCUGUCGUGCAGCGGACGACAGUUCUCUUGCAGACUCUUGCACCUCGUCGAGACUGACUUUCCUUAUUUGGGAUACAAGGCAUUCAACUGCCGGAUCGUGCUUGCGUGGUUCCUCAUGAGCGAAGUGCAGAAUGAUCUGGAGACCAGCGGCCGUUACUUGACUGCGAGCGAGAGUGAGAACCUCUACAGUCGAGGUCAGCUGGCCCUGCGAUUCUACAGAGAAGCAGCCGAAAUAUUUUCUGCCAGGGCACAACUUCGGUUUCAGUUGAGGCCGAAAUUGCAUGCGAUGGAUGAAUUAUUGAGAGGAUGUCUGUGCGAGAAGUACAACCCGAGAUACUUUCAGAAUUAUUCAGAAGAAGACGUGCUGGGGCUUUUGAAGCCUUUGGCCCAGAAAUCUGUAGUCUCUUCAGCUCGAAGCUUCGAGGUUUCUAUGAUGAAACGUUAUUUCCUCAGGUGCGAUCUGGGCCGAAAAAAAAUAAAUAUACAUAUAUGUAUAUAUGCAUGCAUAUAUAUAGUCCUCAUAAACUCUAUACCCUGGCCAGGCUUCUUGCCGAUCGACCCGAAGAUGUCGAACGAAGCAUUCGGCGGUAGAGUCGCGGCUCGUUCCUUGCUGUUUACUUUUUGGAACCACUUGGUGGUUUUGAGCCUCUUAUAUUUAGGGUUUGGGUACAGGCUUUAG